AUGAAGUACUCUUUCGCCCUCACCCUGGCCACGGCCGGGUCCAUGGUUGCUGCCCAGCACCAGCACCACCACCGCCACCAGCACCACAACAAGCGUGAAGUUGCUGUUGUUGAUGGCCCUACCGUCACCGAAUACAUGCUCGAUGGCAAAGUCAUCAGCGCCAAGGACGCCUGCGCUGGUAUCAAGGAUGGUACUUAUGCCUUCAACGACCCCCAGCCCGAAGUCGAUCCUUGCCAGCAGACUUACACUCCUACCGUUGCCCCGGCCAAGUUCAUUGAGACUUCGACCUCUACCUCUUCUUCGACCACAACCACUAGCUCCACCACCACCACCCAGAGUGCCCCGACAACCUCUUCCACCACUACCCAGGCUCCUACUAGCACUAGCAGUUCCUCUUCUUCCGGUGCUACCGGCUUGGAUGCACCGUUCCCUGAUGGGGAGCUUGACUGCUCAACUUUCCCAUCCGAUUAUGGUGCCAUUGCUGUUGACUACCUCGGCCUUGAUGGCUGGACUGGUAUCCAGUCCCUCAACUGGGUCAAUGGAGUUCUCGGCAAGAUCGACACUGCAGUCCAGGGCGGAUCUUGCGGCUCGGGCAACAUGUGCUCGUACGCCUGUCCCGCUGGUUACCAGAAGUCCCAGUGGCCCGAGGAGCAGGGAAGCUCUGGUGAGUCUAUUGGUGGAAUCCAAUGUAAGGGUGGCAAGCUUUACUUGACAAACAAGAAGCUUUCCGACAAGCUUUGUAUCCCUGGUGUGGGUGGUGUUGAGGUCGAGAACACUAUUGGCGAGCACGUCGCUGUGUGCCGCACUGACUACCCUGGUACUGAAGGUGAAACCGUUCCCCUCAGCCUUAACAGCGGCGAAACCAAGGAAUUGACUUGCCCCGACGGCGCGACUUACUACAACUGGGAGGGCAAGACCACCUCCGCCCAAUACUAUGUCAACCCUGCCGGUGUUUCGACGGAGAAGGGUUGCCAGUGGGGUGACGGCACCGGUAACACCGGUAACAGGGCCCCCAUUAACCUCGGUGUCGGUGAGAACAAUGGCAAAUGGCUCUCGAUCUUCCAGAACUCCCCUACCACCAACGCGAAGCUCGACUUCAACAUCAAGAUUGAGGGUGACAACCUUAGCGGAUCCUGCAAGUACGAGAAUGGUCAAUUCAUCUCCGAGACCGGAUCCAACUCGGACGGCUGCACGGUGCAAGCCAUGUCUGGCAAGGCCGUCUACAAGUUUUACAAAUAG